GUUAAUCGGUAAUCAGUCAUCAAAUAAAGCAGCGUACUGCAGGUCGAUACAAACACUCUCGCUGUGGUUUCUGUCGCUCAGUGUCACAAAAUCCAGCUGACGCAGAGUCUGGUCAUGUAUGUCAGAUUUAUACUGUGGGUCCUGCUCUUCAUCUCUGUCCUGGAGGUGUCCCUGCAGGAGGAUGAGUAUGAUUAUAGUGACUAUGAGACGUAUGAGGAGUCGCAGCCUCUGAACUGUUCGACUGCAGAGAGCAUCAAAGGUGGACAUGUCACCUACUCACAGGGGGGGCUGGAGGGCAGUGUGCUGACCUAUCACUGUGGACUGGGUAAGUACCCUUUCCCAGUCAGCUACAGGGUCUGCGGCGCUGAUGGGGAGUGGUCUGUCAUGAGAUUAGCCAAUGGCAGGCCGACAUCACACGCCACGUGCAAAGAUGUGUUGUGUCCGGCUCAGCUCCAGCUGGAUCACGGCGACUUCUGGCCCAGGAGUCAGUGGUUCCACAUCGGGGAGACUCAGAGCUUCUCCUGCCUGGAAGGGUUCACCCUGUACGGGUCAGCCCAGAGGAACUGCACCACCUCUGGGGAGUGGACAGGAACCACCCCUGUCUGUGACAACCACGCUGAUGACUGUGAUGACCCUGGGAUCCCACCAGGGGCCCAGAGGUCAGUGGGUCGGUUUCACAGGGGGGAGAAGGCGGUCUACAGGUGUCAGGCUGGUCUGGAUCUGCUGGGCUCGGCUGAAAGGGUUUGUCUAGAGAACAGGGAGUGGAGCGGCUCGUCGCCUCGAUGCCAAGGCCCAAACACCUUCGAUUCCCCCAGCAUUGUGGCCGAAGCCAUGACGGGGUCACUUGCAGGAGUCAUGGAUGUAUUCUCACUGGACGCCAAAAAGAAAGCUGCGAGGGUAUCCUUCGGCCGAACCAUCCGUGUGGACCAAGGCAGUCGCAUGAAUGUGUACAUUUUACUGGACACGUCAGGAAGCAUCAAAAAGGAGGAAUUUGAAGUAGCCAGGGAUGCCACCAUUGCUCUCAUCAGAAAGUUGGACAGCUACGAGGUACUGUUGAAGUUCCACGUGUUGUCGUUUGCCACUGAGGCCAGAGACAUCGUCGACAUCAGAGACAUAGAUAUAAGCAGUAGCGUUGAUGAUAUCGUAUGGAGGCUGAUGGAUUUCAACUACCACAGCCACGGGAGUAAGACGGGCACCAACCUCUACUCUGCGCUGUACCGUGUUAAUGAGUUGAUCAGCUUCUUCAAGCAGAACAGCGCCAGGAACCAUUUUAAUGAGACUCAGAACAUCAUCAUCAUAGAAACAGACGGUUACUCCAACACCGGGAAUAAGCCUCAGAUUGCUCUGGCUCAGAUCCGUCAAGUGCUGGGCUACAGUGCCACCGCCAAGGAUCACACCGAUGAGACAAUGCUUGAUGUGUAUGUCUUUGGUGUUGGGGGCAAAGUGAACAAAGAUGAGUUGAACUCCUUGGCAUCGCACAAACGUGGCGAGCAGCACGUCUUCGUUCUGGAAAACUUCCAAAUGCUGGGGGAGGUGUUCAACAGCAUCAUCAGCGACAAGAGCGUGACAAUGUGCGGCGUUGCUCGGGAGGACGUCUCCAGGGACGAGGAGCAGGUGAAAGGUCAGACGUCAGUGUACUCCAGGCCCUGGCACGUCACUCUGAAAUCAUCCACAUGGGGGAAGUCAAAGUCGUGUUUCGGAUCCAUCGUGAGCCAGAACUGGGUGCUGACGGCCGCUCACUGCUUCGCCAGAUCGAGCACAGAGAGAAUCUCUUACCAAGUCGACAUAGAACACGGUGACGGCACGGUGAAGUCCAGCGCUGUGUUCAUGCACCCCAACUAUAACACCAACACCCUUAAACACAGGAAUGUAUCUGAGUUCUACGACUACGACGUCGCUCUGAUACAGGUGAACAAGAGCAUCCCGCUCUCCUGGAAGGCCAGACCCAUCUGUUUGCCAUGUACCGUACCGGCCAGUCGAGCCAUGAAGAAAAUCAACUCUACCUGCGAGCAGCACAGGAAGGAGCUGCUACCACUCGAGGAAACUGCUGUUUUUAUCCACAAAACCUCGGAAAGCAAACAAACACGCAAACAAACGCACAUCCACACAAACAAACAGAGGUCUGGCUGUGUGGAAAAGGUGCAAACACUAACAGAGCCCAACGACGUGACUCUGGAUGAGUACAUCCCCGACAGAUUCCUCUGUUCUGGAGGCAGCUCCGGAUACCAGGACGCUAUCACCUGCAAAGGUGACUCUGGAGGAUCGCUGUUCCUAGAAAAAAGAAAGCGCUACUUCCAGGUGGCAGUAGUGAGCUGGGGCACCACAGACGUGUGCGACCCGCUCAACUCCGCCAUGAGACGCCACAGCAGUGACAGCCCGCCUCCCAACGCCCGGGAUUUCCACAUCGAUGUCUUCAAGAUCCUGCCGUGGCUGAAGCAGCACCUGGGUGAGCAGAUCCAGUUCCUGCCUGAGAUCAACUGAGAGGAUCCAGUAUCAGUCUGCAGAGAUGGGAUCUACUGACCGGUGACCUCUUUUUACACCACAUAAAGGAAUAAUCACAACCAAUUAUAGAUUGUAAUAUCAAGGAUUUAUUGUGAAUGAUUUUACUGCUGUGGUGCAGUCUUCAUACAUAACAUUCAAAGGUAAUUCUGCUUGUUUUUCCACUUUAUUCUUUUUAAUCCAACAUGUAAAACGAUGCAUAAACAAACUUUGAGGCACAGAAACAUUUGUACAUUUACUUGUUUCUUAUAAAACUAAAAAAGACCUGA